AUGACCACCAAUUCGAAUUUCAAACUGGGUUUUAUAUCCCUUGUCGCCAUCGCUGGACUACAGACUGCAAUGGUCGUUGCACAGGAUACUGUAUCGCUCACUCCGUGGCAAAAUCAUGCAGAUGACUGCGAGGUGAUAAAAGGCGAGCAUGGACACGAGUGUCUGUACGAUGCCGCCGAUGUGCCAUCUGCGGGAAGCUCCGAUUGGAAUGAUCACCCAGAUGUCAACAUCAUCGAUAUGGAGCGACGGUCGCUGGUUUGCGACGCACCAGAAAUCUGUUACGAAUAUUUGGACUUUACAUACUUCCAAGCAUUCCUCGAUGUGCCUGAAAGUUGUGAGGUUACUAGAUUAACCAUCGACUUUGACGGCAUGGAUGAUAGAUCACGCGUCUCUGUAAAUGAUGUGGUGGUUGAAGAUAGUUAUGUUUAUCUACUUGAGACUGGAACUUCCGAUUUGAAGAAUCUUGUAAUAUCUGGACAGUCCAAUCGAAUAGUGAUCACACAAGUGGAUGAUUGCUGUAAGUAUAACAAUCUCAGAAAAGCCAUUGUCAACUUUCAGUCCAGCUGUGACACUCUGACGUGCGCGUCUGUACCUGAUAUUUGCACAUUCCCGGAUUGGGUAGUCGCCCCCAAUUUCGAUGACAUUGUCUGUUCUGGCGACGAGUGUAAUGCACCAACGUGUUGUUUGCCGGCACCGACAUGCAAGGAAGUUGCCGACUCAAUUACUUGCGAGGAAGGAUUUGAGAAUGGCUUAACCAACGCCGCCUGCGAUCCGGAUGAGAGCUAGGGCAAAAACUGCAAAGAUAUUUGCUGUGU